CAGCUGCGUGCGGGGCGGAAGUCAAAAACGCUGCUGUUGUUUCUGUCGCUGAACUCGUUUGAAUUCUUUAUUAAUUUAACAGUUUUGCGCUGUUUGUUCGUCAUUUGUGCGAAAGAUUCGCGUUUAUUUUGUCCUUCAUGGCUCCCACUAUACAGACACAAGCGCAGCGGGAGGACGGACACCGGAGUUCGGCGCACAGAAGCGUCCCAGAGAGAUCUGGUGUGGUGUGCAGAGUGAAAUAUGCCAACAGUCUUCCUGAUAUCCCGUUUGAUCCAAAGUUCAUCACAUAUCCGUUUGACCAGCACAGGUUUGUACAGUAUAAAGCCACAUCACUAGAGAAACAACACAAACAUGAGCUGCUCACUGAACCUGAUCUGGGCGUCACUAUCGACCUCAUUAACCCUGACACAUACCGCAUCGACCCGAACAUUCUGUUGGAUCCUGCUGAUGAGAAACUUCUGGAAGAGGAGAUUCAGGCUCCGUCCAGCUCAAAGAGGUCGCAGCAGCAUGCGAAGGUGGUGCCGUGGAUGAGAAAGACUGAGUACAUCUCCACAGAGUUCAACAGAUACGGCGUCUCCAACGAGAAGGUGGAAGUGAAGAUCGGUGUGUCGGUGAAGCAGCAGUUCACAGAAGAGGAGAUCUAUAAGGACAGAGACAGUCAGAUCGCUGCUAUUGAGAAGACGUUUGAGGACGCACAGAAAUCUAUUUCUCAGCAUUACAGUAAACCCAGAGUCACACCGGUGGAGGUGCUGCCUGUGUUCCCUGACUUUAAGAUGUGGAUUAAUCCGUGCGCUCAAGUCAUCUUUGACUCUGAUCCGGCACCUAAAGAUGUGUCUGCACCAGCGGGAGUGGAUAUGAUGUCACAGGCCAUGAUCAGGGGUAUGAUGGAUGAAGAGGGGAAUCAGUUUGUGGCGUACUUCCUGCCGAAUGAGGACACGAUGCGCAAACGCAAGAGAGACGUCGAUGAGGACUUGGAGUUCAUGCCUGAUGAAGUGUACGAUUAUAAAAUCGCUCGUGAGUAUAACUGGAACGUGAAGAACAAGGCCAGUAAAGGAUACGAGGAGAAUUAUUUCUUCAUCUUCAGAGACUGCGAUGGAGUUUAUUAUAAUGAGCUGGAGACCAGGGUGCGUCUGAGCAAGCGGCGGGCGAAGGUUGGCGCUCCGUCGUCUACAAACGCAGUGCUGGUGUGUAAACACAGAGACAUGAACGAGAAAGAGCUGGAGGCGCAGGAGGCCCGUAAAGCUCAGCUGGAGAAUCAUGAGCCGGAAGAUGAAGAGGAAGACCUGGACAAGAACCUGCAUGACUCUGGUGAGGAGAGAGGUCCGGCGAGUGACAGCGAGAACUCUGCGAGUGAGUCUGAUCGUGAGGAAGAGGAGCGUCCGGCUGAUGAUGAAGAGGAGGAGGUCGUCCCCAAGCGUCGUGAGAGGAAGAGCAGCAGCAGCGAGAGCGGAGACGACCGACAGGCUCGUGAUGAAGAGGAGAUCUUCGGCUCUGAUGAUGACAGCGAGGAAGACGAGGGUGGGCGAGCGAGGAGCGCCAGCAGCAGCGUGCAGCAGAGCGGGAGCGAGAGAGCGAGCGACUCGAGCGACGGCAGCGACAGCGAAUGAGAGACUGACGCGUCACACAAACACACUUCUGCUUUCAAAAGAGACGGUUCGCCCAAAAAUGGAAACUCACUCUCGUGUUGUUCCAAACCCGUAUGACUUCCUUUCUUCUGCGCAACAUGAAAGGUAAAUGCUUUGCAGAACGAGAGUCUCAGUCACCAUUCACUUUGAUGCAGUGACUGAGACUGUUGUUCUGCCGAGCAUCCUCCUUUUAUAUUCCACAGAAGAAAGUCAGUCGACAGUUUUCCAACGACAUGAGGGUGAGUAAAUGAUGACAUUUGGGCGAGAUUGAAAGGGCAGUUCACACUAAAGCUGUCCUGUUUCAGUUCAGUGUGUAAUUAAUUCUAAUGAGAGAUGAUUUAUGAAUAUAGAGUUUGAUUUGAUGUUCAUGUGUUAGUAAACAUGUUGUUGAUUUUUUAAGUAGUGUCCACUCUCACAUUACUGUAUAAAACAUUGUAAAUAAACAACACUUUAGUUAAAUCUGAGUUUGCAUUCUGGAUGAGGGGCGUUCACAAGAAAUGCACGAAAGUUUAACAGAGUAACUUUGAGAGCGAGACUUAGUACAUUGCAGUAUUUUCAGCCA